AUGCUUCGAGGGCUGGUCGAGAGGUUCGGGAGGCGGGGCGCGACGGACCACCUGCGGAGCGGGUGGCGUCGCGUGCAGGAGGAGCUCGACCUGCGCGAGCUGUUCGUCCUCACGUCGUCCCACGCCCGCGACGUCCCGGUCGAUGACGAUGCUGACUUGAUUGACGUGCUGAGCGAGGAGCAGCGCGGGCUGACGUACGACGAGGUCAAGGCCGAGGUGACCAAAAACCUGACGGCCAAUUUGCACACCAUGUGCGGCGAGGUGAGGGACGCGCUGAGGGCGACCGACGGCGUCGGGCACGGCUCGCGGGACGACGUCACCGCCGAGUACCGCAGGCGCGCCGGAUUCUCCGCUCACGUCGCCGAGUCCACGGCGCCGAACGCGGGGCGAGGCCUGUUCGUCAACGGCCAGGUGGACCCGGGCGAGAUCGUGUGCGUCUACCCCGGCGUGGUGUACGCCCCCGAGAACCUGAGGCACAUGCCGGGGUACCCGAAGAUCGCGGCGGAUAAUCCGUACCUGGUGGCCAGGUACGACGGCAGCGUGGUGGACGCGUCGCCGUGGGGACUGGGCGCGGGUUGGUCGUCGGCAAAGACGUCUUUGGACGGCGACGACGGGUGGACCGACGGCGAACGACGCCGGGUGCAAGGUUUCGGUCGCUGGCCCGGCGCGCCCAUCGGGACGGACGACGCGCGGGGUGACUCGCCGGGUGGUGACUCGCCGGGUGGUGACUCGCCGGGCGGUUGGCUUCGCGCCGCGGCUGGCGAGACUCCCUUGGAUCCGACCCAGCUAACGGACGCCAGGACCGCGGCCGAGUCUGUGGACAGGCGGCACCCGCUCGCGCUCGCGCACCUCGCCAACCACCCGCCCAAAGGUACGUCGCCCAACGUCGCCGUGGCAUCCGUCGACGUCGUCUUUGACGCAGAGACAGAAGAACUCGACAAAGACGUCAAGGCGCUGCGACGGUACCUGCCCAACGUCGGGCUCGGGCGUUGGCGGGUUCCGCUCGGAACGGGGGAGGCGAAGCGGCGCGGUGGGGCGGGGGAGGCGAAGCGCGCACGCGGGGGGUUCGUCGGCUCGUUGGCCCGGAUGUUCGGCGAGGACGACGAGGAUGGCGAUAUAGAGGAGGCGGAGGCGGAGGCGCCGAAUGGGAAGGUUGUCGUCCCGACGCUGGUGCUCGUGGCUAAGCGUUUCAUACUGGACGAGGAGGUGUUCCUGAACUACAGGCUCAGCACGCACGUCAAGAGGCCGGACUGGUACCACCCGGUGAACGCCGAGGAGGAGAAGAGGCGGUGGGCGGUGGGCGGUUAA